CACGGCGUCGCCUACACUUCGUGUGUGUCCGUCUUGCAGUCCUUUAGCUUGCACGCUAGCAGUUAGCAGCCACCUAUCACCUCGCUAUGCUCCGCGCUGUGCUCCGGUUCUCGGCUACAGGAGUCCGGACUUUGGCGCUGUCCCGACCCGGCCACACAGCUUUGGUAGCUUCCAGAUGUUACUCGCAUGGCAAAGUGGAGACGGAAGAGGAGUUCGAUGCCCGCUGGGUCACCUACUUCAGCAAGCCUGACAUCGACGCCUGGGAGCUGCGGAAAGGCAUGAACACCCUGAUUUGCUACGACCUGGUACCCGAGGCCAAGAUUCUGGACUCUGCGCUGAGGGCGUGCCGGAGACUCAACGACAUGGCGAGCGCCAUUCGCAUCCUGGAGGCCGUCAAGGAAAAAGCGGGCCCUCACAAGGACAUCUAUCCCUACCUGAUCCAGGAGCUGAAGCCCACGCUGGCAGAGCUCGGCAUCUCCACACCCGAGGAACUCGGCAUAGACAAGCUUUAAAACAUUAAGGUGAUUUUACUUGAAGAGAUGAGCUCUCCUGUCAAAAAUGUCUAUAGUGUGAAUUGAUCCCAUGCUGUCUGUCCUGUUGUGUACAAAGUGGUGGACCUCUAAUAAAGAAAUACUGCAAGAA